AUGGAUCAGUACAAGAACAAGAACCCCAUGUAAAUCAGAGUGAAAAUGCUGACCAAAAGAUUGACCAAACCACUUUUAGAAGUAGGUGCUUACUAGUAUUAAAAUACAUCCACAACAAUUGAAGCUUUUUUAUUAUAUUUAAAAAACUCGAAACUACAAAAGCAACAAAAUUGCAGUCAAUUCAUUGUUCUAUUUGUGAUCAAUAUAAUUUGUUUUUUCAUAGGUGCGACUGUAGAAUAUUUAAUUGAUAAAUCGAAUUUAGAAUUGUCUUACCCUACCGACCGAGGACAUUUUAAUGAAGAUGUAUCAGAUUCUCUUAAAAGAGCAUUUUAUUAUUUGGUUCAUGUAAACCUUCAAUUGAAUUUGAGAGGGAUCAUAAAAAUAGAUCUUUUUCAUUGAGCUAUUAUAAUAUGAUUACUAAGACUGGUUCCAAAAUUCCACGUUCUUGACUAUGUUAUUCUGUAAUUUAAAAAAAAGCUUAUUUGUGAGUCAUGUUGGUUAUUUGCAAACAGAAAUAGUUCAAACUACAGAUCUGAAUGGAUAUCUGGUAUAGAUGAUUGGCAACAUUUAUUACAUUUAAUGACUCGUCAUGAAAAAUCUCUACAACAUAUUAAAACCACAACAGUAAGAGGAAAUUAGGUUAAAAAUACUGCAAUUGAUAAAAGUAUAGAACAACAUAUAUCUAAAGAAGCUGAAUAUUGGCGAAAUAUUCUAAGUCGCAUUAUAAAAGUUCUAUUAACCCUCACAGCAGGAAACACUGCUUUGGGGGGGAAUGAAGGUAAGAAAAGCGAUUUUAAGCCUGAGGAGCUUGAAGGUAAUUUUAUGCGAACAAUUCGUCUUUUAGCCGAUUUUGACCCAUUACUUUAUGAACUUUUAAAUGAUUCUAUCAAACAUAUUAAAUAUUUAAGUUGGAAAGUUCAAAAUGAAUUGAUCGACAUUUUAUCUGAAAACUUAUGUCAUAUCAUAUGUGAAGAAAUAAUUAGUUGUUCCUUCUUCUCAAUCAACUCAAGACAUAACAAAAAUCGACCAAGUGAGUGUCAUUACACGAUAUGUGAUUGUUGACUAUGAAACACAUACAAUAAAUAUUAAAGAAUCAUUUUUAAGAUUUUAUGCUUUAGAACACCAUGAAUCAAUGGAUUAUGCGCAUUUGAUACAAAAUGUUUUACACAAACAUAAUAUAAAAAUUCAAAACUGUAGAGGACAAGGGUAUGACGGAACAUCGGUUAUGAGUGGUCAAUACUCAGGAGUCCAAAAGAGAAUAAAUUAUACUGUUCCAACUGCAUCAUUUGUCCACUGCUAUGCCCACAACUUAAUCUUCGUGAUAUCUGAUGCCUCUAAAAUUUCACCAAGCAUAUCAACAUUUUUUGAAACUCUACAGAAUGUUUUUAAUUUCUUUAGCUCAAGUGGCCCAAGANUCUGA